UUAAUUACGGUAAUCUGAGUUACAUUCCAAAGUCCGUCAGUGGUAUAAUUAUUAAUACUUCGCGUUAAAUAUACAAAAAGUGACAGCUUUUUAUAAUACUGUUAAUAAAAAAAUAAACAUAAAAAUGAAUUUAAAAGUUUUGAUUUUGUCUGCUAUUAUUGGAACUGCAUAUGCACAGUCUGAGAAAGCUCUACUGGAUAGUUUAAACUUGCCUCCUGAACUGCUGAACAAUUUGAAUGAGACUACUCUCCAAGAACAUCAGAAUAAAACCACAGAAGUGUUUAAAAAUAAAUGUGAACAAAAUGGAGGACCUGAAGCUUUUAAUAACGCACAUAAUGCAUUCGAUCAGUUGACAUCAUGCCUGCAAACCCUUGUGAAUAUGGAGAUACUUCAGCAAGAGUUAGAGGAAGCUAAACCGAAUGGAAUGAUCGAUGAAGUCUUCAAAAAGUACUGCUUAAAGAAGACAAACUUCAUGAAUUGUUUCACAACUAUGCUGGAUGCUUCUAAGCCGUGCUUUACAGUUAAAGAGCGAGAUCAUCUCAACACAGUGUACAAUGUGUCCCGAGAACUGGCUGACUUCGUUUGCUUCAAAGACGGUGAUAGAAUUGCAUUGUUCAUCUCUGAAGGAGGAGCGGAAUGUUUUCAAGAGAAGCAGUCUGACUUGCAGAAGUGCUACAAUCAGACAGCGGGGCAGAACGCUAACUUUGAUUUGAACUCUUUAUCUCCCGACAAUUUACCAACUUUAUCCUUUGAUGAGAAGCAAUGCAAGGAGAUGUCCGUAACGCAAGUUUGCGUGGUGAAGGUGCUGGAGACGUGCCAGAAGCCGGCCGCCGCUAACAUCGUCGACUCGCUCUUCAAGUUCCUGGUCAAGAAGACUCCCUGCAAGGCGUAUCUGAAAGCUGAGGAGAAUGCCCCCGAUUCUGCCGACGUGUUGUUCGCGAAAAUGGCUACUGUCGCAAUGGGACUUUUGGCCGUUGCUCUAGUCUAGAAUUCUAGAACGUUCCGUAUCAACGAGUCGAACUCGGACAGUAAACGCAAUGAGAGUUAAGCUAUAAAAUUUUAAAACCGUUUCCCUUAUCUGAAUUGAGCUCAUCAAUGAUUCAUAGAAAUAAUAAUACAAGAUUUAAUGAUAUUAUAUAUUAACCUACAUAUUAUAUCAAAUAAUUUUAUUGAUGUCUAGAAAUUAAAUGCGAAGUUUAAGUGUCCGUAAGACUUAUAGCGUUUAUUACCGGUAAUUAUUUUUUGGUAUCGAUGAGUCACUGCGAAUAAGAACAAAUUUUAAUAAAACACAUAUUCUACUGAAAUCUAUAGUUCUGUAGUCAAUUCCAACUAAUUGCGUUUACUUAAUGCGAUCUGAUGUUUAUAGAAACUCUUAUUGUGGUUACUGAGAUUUGUCUGCCAUUACCAUAUCUGAUAGAUUGUAGAAUAAAUGUAGUUUUAAUAGUGUCGCCUAAGUAAAAAAAAGCUGUUGUAGCCAUUAUCAUAGAUUAUAUUAUCAUUACUAGUAAAUGCUAUUUUUAUGUUUCUAAGUGUAAACGGGAUUUUAUCGGUUAUAACUCAAUUUGUCCGGCACUGUUAUAUACAGAAACGAAAUUAGUUCUAAAGUUAAUGUAAACCUAACAAAGAACUGUGCAGAAACAGCAAUUAAAGACAUGAGUGGAUGAAAGGGGAUAUGAUACAAUUGUUCAUUUUGAGAAAACGGACAACAAACUUUUGUUAUUUGUACUUUAGCUUCGUACAUAAAUUCUUUAUCACAUGCAAUUUUUAAAAAUAGCCUUUAAACCCGGAAUUUUAAGGUCUAAUAUGGUUUAUAGGCACAUAACAUCUUCACUUAAUGUUAAAACAAAAAAAAACUUAAAAAUGCUACUUUAACCCCUUUAUCCACUCAUAUCUUCUGUACAAAAAACGAAUGCAUUUUAAAUUUGUACAGUAAAAGCUCUUUAUUCGCGGGGUAUAUGUUCAGUAAAUGUGUGGUGAAUACAAAAACAAUCAAUAUGGAAAAGUGCGCAUACAAAGGAUAUUCAGUUGGAUACCUUGAUAUAUUGGAAUCCUUUUUAUCAAUGUGUAUGUACCGAUGUACCGAUUAGAUGCGCGAAUGAAUAAAUAUUUAGCCGCGAAUAUAGGAAUUGGGUAUCAUUUUUUUAUCCACUAAUAGUGAAAACGCGAAUGAAGGAAACGCGAAUACGGAGAUUUUACUGUACAGCUAUAUAGAGGGUGUAUCUGUCUUUCGAAACCAAAAUUCAUCAACGCUAUUAGUUUUCGUUUUCUAGAAGUGCUCGAAUACACCCUGUGUUUUGUGUCUACAUUAUUGCUACGCGCUGGGGUUCGGGACAAAUAAAAUUCCACCAAAGUACAACUAAAAACUGUAUUCAACGCAACAAACAUUUUAAAACUCUCAAUUCGCUUCUGGCGUUGUGCUUCUCGAGCGUUCUAGGUGCUACUAGAUCCUUCGAUAUUCGUUCGAUUAUUCGGCGAUAGAUGGCGUUACUCUUACCUGAGUAACAUUAUUAUAACAUAUCCGUGUAAUCGUUAUACAUUUAGAAGCAUUUUUUUAAAUAUUGACUUUUUAAACUACAUAAUGCAAGUCGAACCAAAUUUUACCAAUUUACAUUCCACUUUUAUCAUCCAUUUAAUGAAAACGUAAGAUUUUUUUUUACUUAAUUUUUAUAUUCAGAAAUAACCAAUUUGACACAAUAAAUGUAUUGAUAUAUGUACGUUAUUAUGAUUCGUGGUAUUUGUGCUUAAAAUCAAGUUUGCUAGGAGCCAGCUUGAUAGAUAUACUGAAUUUAGAAUUCCUAAUAGAUUUGAUUAUGGAAACUCCUAAAAAUCUCAUUAUUUACAGCUUAAUUAUUUGUUCAUUAAUAUCACCGUUAAUCAUAAUGUUUUCAAUACUUUUAAGUAUUUUAAGCUUACAUUGGUGCUGUUGUAUUGUUUGGAACAAAAACUUUGGUACUG